CGCAAAGUGGUCGGUUGUGUUUACACGAGAAUUUACGCAGAAACAAGUAGUAGUGAACGGGAAUUUUAAUGAAUGAAUGAAUUUUCUACAAUUGUAUUCUAAUAAGAAAAAAAUAAUACAAAUAAAUUCUUGUAAAGGAUUCAUUUUACAAUAAAAUGUGUUGAUAAGAAAAUGUAAUGGUAGUUGUUGCUAAAAUUUAUAAUAUUAAAACUAAACUACAAGUGAAAAUAAUCUAGUAAAAAUUCUUAUGUGAAUUUAGUUUCAUUUUUAGUUAUUUUUUUACGAGAAAAUAGGCAAAACAAAAACGAAACACGCAAACAAACCAAAAAAAAAAGCUCCAUAACAAAAAAUUCCUAUAGUUUAUUAGAUUAACAAAAUUAAACAAAAGUUAAGCGAAAACAAUUUAUGAGUGCCUAUGAGGAAACAGAUUCAGCGACUGUUUCGCUUUUGACAGGAGUCCAGGUGGUGGUGGAAGCUAACGGCAGCAGUACUAGUGGCAUUGUCGGUGGCAGCAGUAAAGUGGUAGCAGCAACAGCGAGGGCUAGAUCCCAGCAACGCAGUGGCUUGAUAACAAAACGUCGUAAGAUGUCGCGUAGAGCAAAUCUUAUAGGCAUUUGUGGCGUUAGUGGCUUGUGCAUUCUGUUGCUUAUAGCCACCACCCAACAUAGACCACUACCCGCCUCGUUAGCCUCUUCGUCGGGCGGUGUGGUAGGUGGUGCCUUAGGUGGCGGUAGUGGCAACCUGGCAGGUGGUGGUGCUAACACCGCAUCCGGUGGCUAUUCCUCUGCAGGCAAUGGUCUUGGUUCAGCCUCCGCAUUUACGGGAGAACGUUUUGGUCAUGCCGUGCCUCAGCAGACAGCAGUAAUGUACAACAUGACGGCCACCAUUAACGAUGUUAUCGCCCAACAACGUUCUAAAGUCGUCAGCGAAAUGGAGAACUUUGAAUAUCCGGCCGGACGUUUUGGCGUCGAAGCAGAAAAGCUAGCCGAUCUAACACCCGAAACAGAAGGCACUCCCGUACGCAGUAUUGUGGUGACCACCUGGCGUUCGGGUUCCACAUUCUUGGGUGACAUACUAAAUAGCAUGCCUGGCAAUUUCUAUCAUUAUGAACCUCUGCUGGACUUUGGCAUCAAACAGAUACGUGACCCGGACGACGAAGAGUUGGCCAUUAAGAAUAUAAAAAAUUUACUCUACUGUGAUUAUCACAACGACAUGGAUGACUAUUUGAAUUUUGGCAAAAGUCAUACCUACUUAUUUGAGCACAAUGAACGUUUGUGGUCGGUGUGCAAAGAGUUUCCACACUAUUGUUGGCGUCCCAAGUUUUUAACACCGUUUUGCAAGCUGUUCCCGUUGCAGAGUAUGAAAACGGUUCGAUUGCGUUUGAGUACGGCCGAGGCUUUGUUGGAGGAUAAAAGCUUAAAUGUUCACAUCAUCUUAUUGGUACGUGAUCCUCGCGGUACCAUGCAAUCACGUCGCCAUCGUACCUGGUGUGGCGGUAAUCCAGACUGUGAAGAUCCUCAAAUGUUAUGUGAGGACCUAGAGGCAGAUUAUAAAACCGCUGACAUAUUAUUAAAGAAAUAUCCCGCGAGAUUUAGAACUUUAAGAUACGAAGACUUAUCCUUGGAUCCCUAUGAUAUGGCCCAAGAGGUAUUACAAUUUUAUGGUUUACCCUUCGAUCCAUUGGUCGAAGAAUUUUUAGAUACUCAUACCAAAGUUAAUAUUGGUGGUGUUAGUUCAACAUAUCGUGAUUCCAAAUCAGCACCGUUUCAUUGGAAACAGGAUUUAAAACCAGAAGAUAUUAAAUACAUACAACAACAUUGCACAAAAGCUAUGGAAUUAUGGGGCUAUCGUAAAAUCGAUAAUUUUACUGAUUACGCCCGUAAUUUCGAUCCUAUUGUUAUGCCGCCUCCAUUUACGUGAGACUCUUAUGAAAAAACCCAGCAGCCAAAACUGCAGCAGUAGCACCAGCAGCAACAGCAGCCACAGCCGCUAAAGCAUCAUCAAUAACAGCAACAAUAACAUUAUCAACAACUCUAGAGUAUCACUCCUAAUCAUUUUAAAAUCGUUUAUAUUUUAUUAGAUCUAUAAGUUUUUUAAUAAAAAGAAAAGAAAAAAAAAACACAUUUUAAUCCUAUUAUUGCUCUAGUUAAACAUUUUUAAGUAAUUUUUUGCUAAAAGAAAAAAGAAACACAUUUUUUUAAGUUGUGAUAUAGUAAGUUUUAAAAUUAAAUGAAAAAAAAAGAAAAAUAAGAAAUUAUUUUUAAACAAAAAGAAAAUCUCCCUUAAGGCAUCUCAUGUUAUUAUAUAGAUACACUUAAAAACACACAGUGAAUUUAGUUAAAACAAAUUUUUUAACACAAAUUAAUAAACAUUAGAAAGAAAAGAAAACGUAAAUUCAAAGCUAAAAUA